UAGAAAUAUCAGCGCCCAUAACACUAAAGAGAACUUCACUCCUCAAAAACAACUUCUAGAGAAACAUCAUCAUGACCUUCUCACUGCUUGUGCUGGGGGCUCUGCUACCACAUGUGACUCUAACAGCGUAUGUAAAUGUGGGUAUAGUGAACGGCACAGAAGCAAAGCCACAUUCAAGACCCUACAUGGUUUCUGUUCAAAAAAAUAAAAAACACAUCUGCGGCGGCUUCCUCGUGUCUGAACAAUUUGUCAUGACGGCUGCACACUGCUUUAAAGGAAGGAAGUUGACGGUUGUGGUUGGAGCUCAUGAUCCCAGACAAAGUUCUGGCCGCAUAGCUGUGAAGUUUUACCACAUCCAUCCUGGGUAUGACUCUGUAAAUGUGCUAAAUGACAUCAUGAUACUUCAGCUCAAUGGAACAACCAAAAAGAUGAAAAACGUCAAACCGAUCUCCAUACCAAAUAAAGAACGGGACAUCAAGGCCAAGUCUAAAUGCAGUGUUGCAGGCUGGGGAAGACAGACCACCAAUGGUUCUUCAACUGAUCGUCUUAUGGAGGCUGAUGUCACCGUCAUUGACAUGAAAGCAUGUCAGAAGAUAUGGAAUGAAAAAUCCUCAAGGAUAGUGUGUGCACUUGGUCCUGGAGGAUCUUGUCAGGGUGAUUCUGGAGGUCCUCUGGUGUGUAAGGACACUGCAGUUGGUGUCGUUUCAUUCAACGAGAAAAACAACUGUGACAAACCAACUGCGCCAAACGUCUACACCAAGAUUUCCUCAUUUCUGCCCUGGAUUAAAGCUAUACUUGAAGGUGUGAAACAAGAACUUGACUAACAAAACUCAAUACGAUUGAGAAAGUUAUCAAAUCUUUUCAUUUGUCUGCUUCAGCGGAAAAUAAAAAAUUGUGUCUCAAAAGUUGAAAUCUUGUCAGCCGCAAUAGCCAUGUGGUUAGUGCACCGGCAUAUAGUGCCAGUGCACUUGCAGCCGACCCAAGUUCGAUUCUCGUCUCGAGCGUCCUUUGUCUGUCCCACUGGCCUGCCUCUAUCCAAUGCUUUCCUCCUGUCUGUUCUCCUCUGUCCUUUCAAAUUAAAGGCAA